AUGCGGCAACUGCUCCUGGGGGGAAAUAGACUAUCAGGUGAGAUACCAGUAGCCCUCUUUAACCUGACUCUGUUGAGAGAACUGGACCUGGAUUCAAAUGAGCUAGGAGGCACGUUACCAUCUGACAUGGGCGAAGCCCUCCCUAAUCUGGAGACCCUUGAGCUUGGUGGUAACAUGAUUGAAGGCCAUGUCCCUGCUUCACUAGGCAACGCAUCAAGACUGUCUACGAUAAACAUGCCAGUUAACAAUUUCACAGGCCACGUUCCAAGUUCUUUUGGUAAACUUCAGAAGCUGUAUAGUCUAAACCUUGAAAGAAACCAGCUUAGAGCAAAUGAUGACCAAAGCUGGGAGUUUCUGGCAGCACUAAGCAAUUGCAGCCUUCUAGACAUGCUCUCACUGUACGGAAAUCAGCUAGAAGGAGUUCUACCAGACACUGUUGGCAAUCUGUCUGCUGGUAUUCAAAGCCUUCUUUUGGGAACAAACAACCUGUCAGGGAUGGUGCCCUUAAGCAUAGGGAACCUUAAAAACCUGACUAAAUUUUCAUUAGCCUACAAUGGUUUUACUGGUACAGUUGAAGGAUGGAUUACAAAUAUGAAAAAGCUGCAAGGUCUGAAUCUUCAUGGAAAUAACUUCAAUGGGUCCAUUCCAUUCUCCAUUGGCAAUCUUACCCAAUUAUCAGUGCUAUAUAUGGACAAUAACAAAUUUGAUGGUGUCAUACCAUCUAGCCUUGGAAACCUUCGGCAGCUCUCAGAUUUGGAUCUUAGUUAUAAUAAUCUCCAAGGUAACAUACCAAAAGAGAUUUUAGCUUCAGGCUCAAUGACCAACUGCAUACUGUCCUACAACAAUUUGGAAGGUGUAUUACCUCCAGAGGUUGGCAGCCUUCAGCAACUCACAGAACUUCAGCUUUCGUCCAACAAGCUUACCGGAGCAAUUCCAAAGACCUUGGCCCAAUGUAAACAAUUGGAAACCAUCAAAAUGGAUCAAAAUUUCUUCACAGAAGAUAUUCCGAUAUCUCUGGGUGAUCUGCAGAGCUUGACAACACUUAAUCUUUCACACAACAAGUUAUCAGGUGCCAUCCCAACAGCUCUAGGUGAUCUGAAAAUCCUUACCCAACUAGAUCUCUCUUACAAUCAUCUUGAAGGAGAAAUACCAACAAAAGGAGUAUUCAAGAACACUACUGCUAUUUCUCUCAAUGGAAACAAGGAGCUCUGUGGUGGAGUAACUGACCUGCAAAUGCCUUUAUGCCCUAUCGUUUCUCAUAAGAAAGGAGUACCGUACUACAUGGUCAGAGUACUGGUUCCUGUAGUUGGUUUGGCAUUACUCGUUUUGCUAAUCUACUUUGCAGUAUUCAGGAACUUGUCAGGCAGACCACAUUCAUCCCUGCCUUCUUUCCAUAGCCAAUUCCCAAAAGUAUCUUACAAGGAUCUUCUUCAAGCCACUAGCAAUUUCUCUGAGUCUAACUUGGUUGGAAGAGGAAGCUGCAGUUUCGUGUACCGAGGACAGUUAUUGCCAGUCAAUGCAGAGGUAGCUGUGAAGGUUUUUGAGCUGGAGAUGCAAGGUGCAGAUAUAAGCUUCAUGUCAGAAUGUGAAGCGUUGAGAAGUACGCGGCAUCGAAAUAUUCUUCCAAUCCUAAGUGUAUGCUCGACAAUAGAUUAUAAAGGCAAUCCUUUCAAGGCUAUAGUUUAUGAAUUCAUGCCGAAUGGGGACUUGAAGACAUGGUUGCAUCCAGCAAGUGAUUUGGAAGAUCCACAUUACCUAGGGAUAAUACAGAGAGUAAAUGUUGCCAUUAACAUAGCUGAUGCAUUGGAUUAUUUACACCAUGACUGUGAAAGACACAUCAUCCAUUGUGAUCUGAAGCCCAGCAAUAUCCUUUUAGAUGCAGAUAUGGUUGCCCAUUUAGGAGACUUUAGCAUUUCAAGGGUUUGUGUCCAAACUAGCUCACAAUCAUCAGCUGGAAACUAUUCAAGUCCGGUUAAUUCCGCUAGUGUUAACGGAACUAUAGGUUAUAUUGCUCCAGAGUAUGCUGGAGGAAGCCAUGUAUCAACCUCCGGGGAUGUGUACAGUUAUGGAGUAUUACUUCUAGAGAUGCUGACAGGCAAAAGCCCAACUGAUCCUAUGUUCAAUAAUGGACUCAACAUCAUCUACUACGUUGAGAACAAUCUGCCAGACAACAUAUUUCGUGUUGUUGAUGCUUAUCUCCAAGAGGAAAGUGAGGCCCUUGCUCCAGCAUACACGGAAGAACAAAAUGCAGUCUACCAAUGCUUUCUGUCCCUACUGAAAGUGGCAGUUUCUUGUGCACUCCAGGACCCGUCAGAACGAAUCAGCAUGAGAGAGGUAUCCAAAAAACUAAAUGGGGUAAAGAUGUCUUUACCAUUCGAGUGA